GAGACGCUCCCAUAGCACUCUGCGAGGCACUUUACAUCGCACUGACAAGAGGGGCGACCAUUCCCUGAAGCUCCCAUCCAGGCGAGGGCCGCUGCAGCAUCCGCUAAGAGGGAAUAUCGGUUUUUUAAAGCUUGAUUUUGAAGGAGGAACCGAGCGAAAAAAUGUCUUAUCAAGGAAAAAAGAACAUCCCAAAGAUCACGAGCGACAGGCUUCUGAUCAAAGGCGGGAGGAUCGUGAACGAUGACCAGUCCUUCCAUGCCGAUAUCUACAUGGAGGAUGGCCUCAUUAAGCAGAUCGGCGACAACCUGAUCGUGCCCGGCGGCGUGAAGACCAUCGAGGCCCAAGGAAAGAUGGUGAUCCCGGGUGGCAUUGACAUCCACACCCACUUCCAGAUGCCGUACCGUGGAACCACAACCGUGGAUGACUUCACUCAGGGAUCUAAGGCCGCUCUUGCAGGGGGAACGACCAUGAUCGUGGACCAUGUGAUCCCAGAGCCCGGUAGCAGCCUGAUGGAGGCCUACGACCAGUGGAGGCAGUGGGCGGACGAGAAGGCCUGCUGUGACUACUCCCUCCAUGUGGACAUCACCCACUGGAACGACAGCGUAAAGCAGGAAGUGGAUAACCUCAUUAAGGAGAAAGGUGUGAACUCAUUCCAGGUCUACAUGGCUUACAAGGACUACUACCAAAUGAGCAACAGUGAGCUCUAUGAGGUCUUUACCUUCUUGGCAGAGAGGGGCGGCAUCGCUCAGGUCCAUGCUGAAAAUGGAGAGAUCAUUGCUGAGGAGCAGGCCCGCAUGCUGCAGAUGGGUAUCACUGGACCAGAGGGACACGUGCUGAGCAGGCCAGAAGAGCUGGAGGCCGAAGCGGUGUUUCGUGCCAUCACCAUCGCCAGCCAAACCAACUGUCCUCUCUAUGUGACCCGGGUCAUGAGCAAGAGUGCUGCUGACAUCAUCUCACAGGCCCGGAAAAGAGGAAAUGUUGUGUUUGGGGAGCCAAUCACAGCCAGCCUGGGGACUGAUGGGACACAUUACUGGAGCAAGAACUGGGCCAAGGCGGCUUCUUUUGUAACAUCACCCCCUCUUAGCCCUGAUCCCACCACUCCAGACUAUCUGAACACACUUCUGUCAAGUGGAGACCUGAGUGUGACUGGCAGCGCUCACUGUACCUUCAGCGUGGCCCAGAAGGCCAUUGGCAAGGAUGACUUCACUCAGAUCCCAGAAGGUGUCAACGGAGUGGAGGAGCGAAUGGUCCUCAUCUGGGAUAAAGCUGUGACUACAGGUAAAAUGGAUGAGAACAUGUUUGUGGCAGUGACCAGCACCAACGCAGCCAAGAUCCUGAACCUGUACCCUCGCAAGGGUCGGAUCGCUGUGGGCUCUGACGCUGACCUGGUCAUCUGGGACACAGACUCCAUCCGCACCAUCACUGCCAAGACACACAACUCGGCUGCUGAGUACAACGUCUUUGAGGGCAUGGAGCUGCGUGGAGCCCCACUCGUGGUGAUUUGCCAGGGGAAGAUUGUUCUGGAGGAUGGGAACCUGCAUGUCACCUCUGGCGUGGGCCGCUUCAUUCCCUGCUCCCCCUUCCCUGACUUUGCCUAUAAGCGUGUUAAAGCCAGGAAGCAGCUGGCAGUCCUGAGGGCAGUGCCAAGGGGGAUGUACGAUGGCCCUGUAUCUGAGUUCUCCAUGUCCCGUGGUGGCACCCCCUCUGCCUCGGCGCGCACCUCUCCCACCAAACAGCCCGUCAGAAACCUGCACCAGUCUGGAUUUAGUCUAGCAGGUAACCCUGCACCAUGCGGUCCCCCCACCCCAGAUGACAUCCCCAUCAGGCCUGCUGGCCGGCGUAUUGUAGUGCCCCCUGGUGGUCGUUCCAACAUCACAUCCCUCAGUUAAAGAGCAGCAGGAGAAGGAGGAGGAGGAGGAGGAGAAGGGGAUGCAUCCAGAAAACGGCAGCAGCAGCCAGAGUGCAGGGUUGAAGGGUUAGAGUGGGAGGGGAGGGUGGGAGGGGAGGGAGGAGGAGAUGCAGAGGACCAUGAUUAGUUAAAAAAGUUAAAAGAGCAAAACACUGAAUCCUCAUGCCUUACCUGUCACAAUGCUACCUUGCUCAGAUGAGAACACUAUCCCUUUUCCUGGGGAAUUGAAAUAUAUUGAAGCGGUCCGGAAUUGCCAAAGCACAAUACACACGUAACCCGUCUUAUCCUCACUUGUUGCCAGUACAGAAUACACUACACAUACAGUGAAAAUAUGUCCACUUGGUGCUUUGGUAAUUGGAAAAUACACCAGUAAAACUGCAUGCCAUCACUUUCAGCCGUGAAAGAAAACAACCCAUGUUCUCAAAGGAAAAUGGAUACCACUUUUCUCAGAAUGAUGCUAUGGUUCUUUCAUCCUGUUUGGCUUUCAAUGUCACCCCCCCUUUUCAGUAGCCUGCUUUCUCCAUAGUCAGCAAAACAUAACACUAGAUCCCACAUUAGCCAUGCAUUAUCAUGCAGUACCAUUGACUAGCUCUAGGUGGCAUUGUAUAUACAGUAGAUGUAAUGUAGCUUUGUGAAUGAUGUCGUUGCAGCCGGUUUGGGUUCACUGGACCAAGUAAAAGGUAUUUAUCAAAUCUUAGAGCGGGAGUGCUGUUGGACAUGGAGCUGCAUGGGCCACAUUGACACAUGGGUGACGUGAUCCAUGAUCCUUUUGGCCCCCCCCCCCUCCCAACUCUGAGGUGUUUGAUGAAUACCAUCCCCACGAUGUAUCAAUUACAUAAUUGUUGAUGUUAAAAAAAAAAAGAAGAGGAUCUGCGUAAGAAAAGAUUUUGUGAGGACAAAAGAAUAGAAAAUAGAAUUAUUAGACAGGGUUUUACUAUUCUUUAUCCCCAAAAGGUUUAUGUCUUUUUGUCUUUUUUUUUUUUUUUUGCACCCUCUAUCAUGGCUGUAUAAAACAUUGUAAGAAUCCGUCCUUUGCAUUUGCUUCUAGCCUACUGCCUGCUUCUGUCAUGAACAAGAAGUACGAAUAAACUCAACAGUUCCUUGUAGCUCAACCACAGCUUGUAAAGAAGAGCUUCGCAAUCAAGGGCAACUACAACAACAACAAAAAAAUAAAUAAAAUAAAAAUACAGAUGCAAUGAAAUGAUUAUGUGACAAAAACCUGCUUUCAGAUAACAGCACUUCACCUCUGGCUUUACUUUUUCCAUUCCUGACAAACUGGGCUCUCAUUUUAAGACAAGAGAAAGACCAUCAUUCCCUUGUCAUCCCAACACAGCCCUUUUAACACAAUCCUGACCAAUACUAAUUCAAUAUCAGCCUGAAUAUGAUCUGAAAUACUCUGGAUCUGAUUGUGUCACGGGCAGGGCGAGCCUCAGAGCUCUUUUUUUUUUUUUUUUUAAUGUCUCGGCUGUUUUCUGAUAAGGCAGAGGAUUGCAGUGCAGUAAGGGACGCCUUUAUUUUUGUUGCUGUCCCACUGUGGGGGAGGGAGGGAGGGAAGGAGAUGGCAUUUUUUAAUUUGGCAGAAUUGUGGCAGACUCUGAGGCGGGCACAAGUGGUGGUUUGUUGUAUUUAUGUUAGUUUGACAACCUUUGUUAUUGUUUUUAUGUUGUUUCUUUUUUACUGUUGUAUCAAAACCCAGAGAUGGCAGGUCAAAAAUAAGGUGUGUUGUGGAGGUAUGAUUUGUUUCCUGAAUAAACAUGAGUUGCAACUGA